AAGUGCCAUCAAAAUACAUUCACGCCAAGCGUCACUGCUUUGACCAUUCGUCGCUGAAAGGAACGCUGCGUUGAAAGGAAAGCGCAAAAAACAAUCCCUGAAAAGAAUCAUCCAGCCGCAACGUUCCACAAACUUGCCGAAAACGCAACUUGCAGCAGAAUCUCUCCAUCUAGGUCAAGAACAGCGAAUAGCGGUUAAAAAAUACACCAUGGGCCGCACCAAGGAACCGAAAAACACGAACGGAAACAGCGGGAACGAUAGUGACACCGAGGAAGAGUACGUGGUGGAGAAGAUCGUGGACCGGCGGGAGCGCAAGGGCAAGGUAGAAUAUCUGCUCAAAUGGAAGGGGUACGACUCGGGCAGCAAUUCCUGGGAACCGCGCGAAAACCUCGACUGCCCCGAGCUGAUCAAAGCGUUCGAGCAGUCGCGCACGGAUGCGGCGAAAAAGGAUGGUGCGGCCGCCGGCAAGAAGCGGACGACAACAAAGAAGAAGCGAACGGGCGGCGAAUCGGAGAACGACAACGACGGCUCGGACGAUGAGGGACGCGACGACAACGCGUCUACCAAGUCGAACAAAUCCAAAAGCAACGAUGACGGCGGCGAUCCCAAGCAGGCGGAUGGGGAAGCGGUCGAGGAGCUGAAUGGCUUCGAGAAGGGCUACGUGCCGGAGAAGAUUCUCGGCGCCACCGAGGGAGACAAUGAGCUGCUCUUCCUGAUCCAGUGGAAGGACAAGGACAAGGCGCAGCUGGUCAAAUCGAAGGAGGCGCGCAAGCACUGUCCCCAGCUCGUGAUAGACUUCUACGAGGAGCGCCUCAUCUGGCAGACGGUCGAUCAGUCGCAGGUAGAUUAAGUGCGAAAGAGCAGCGGCGCGGGAGAGGGAGCAGUAGACGACGGGCCCAGGGAACGGAUGCGGGAGCGAAUCCCGUGUGCGACGCUAGACGGUUUACUUUUAAUGACGUUUGAGUUUAGAAUUAGAAUGAUGAUUUCGGUUAUCUUUCCGCAAAUUUUUGUGCCCCCCAUUAUUACUAUUUUUCUCUAUCUCUCUCUCUUUCACUAGUUGCAUGUCGACUCCCCCCACUACUACCCCCCUAUCCCCCCUCAUCUCCUUUACUCGACAAUAUCUGAAUUUAACUAAUGGAAUAUUUGAAUAAAUGUAACAAAUAACUACGUUAACAAUA